AGAGAGAAGUGACUGCAACCUUCGACAGAUCGAAUUAACCCACCCAGUCAUUUGGCCCAAAUGAGAUAUUCAGCCUGUUGGGUUGAGCUCGCUUGUGCACAAAUUACAGGCCCAGAUCUAUUUAUGGCAAUUUAAGGAUCCCAUAUAUAAAAACCAAGCCAUUAAUCGCUCAGUUACAGACCGAUCUGCUCUAUUUUUCUUGCUAACCCGAGUUGCAUGUUCCGGAGAACUAAUUCCCAGAAGGAAGAGAUCUCAAGAUCAAUGGGGAAGCAAAAUAUAAAGGAAGAGAACAACAAUAUGGACGCAAGCAAGCCGAGCACCCAAAAUAUUGGAGUGAUUAUCUCUGUCUACGUCGAAUCACCCAAAACGCAAUCACCUCUCAUGAGGACGGUUCCCGUCAAGAAAACCAAGCCAAAACCUGUUUCCAAAAAGCCUCAAACCUCAAGAAAGCAAGUCGAGUACUCUGAUCGCAGGGCUCAGCUCCUUGCCUACGCUCGAGAGUUGCGAAGUAGUACUACUGCUGCUAGUGAUCCCCAAGAUCAGAUUCAAUUACCCAGAAACAAUUUGAAGGCUAAGCCCAAGCUCGAACAGGAAAAAUGGGAAUGGAUCAUGGCACCAGCAAGUAUAUGCUGUCCGUCACGUCGGAGGCUUGAACGCGCAAGGAGACAAUGGAGAUACGAGCGAGUACCUGUUGAAGAGAACGCUGAAAACGCAGAUCAGUUCUCGGUGGUUUCCGAAAGCAUCGGUGCCGGCAAAAAGAGAAAAAGCACCACAAGGAGAUCGUCUCGCAAUUCUACCAGCUUCCUUAAUAAAUUAAGGUGUAGGUUAAGGGAACUAUCUUGUUAGUUGCCAAAUAUGGACGAUCGAUGGCGGCAAUGUCGAUGAAUUAUUAGGUAUUUUAGGUAUCUGCUCAUAAUUCCUUGUUAUGUCAAUUAAAAUUAAUGUUUAUAUAAGUAAUUUUUAUUAUAUAGCAUGGAGAUACGAUAGAGUACUACGUAGUAUGUCAUUCAUCUUCAAAGAAUACCUACUAAUUUUUCUGAAUGAAGAUGCGAAAAAUCUAUUUAUCAUUUUUUUUUUAUCAUCAUCUUUUUAAUGAAAUAUAAUAAAUAAUUUUCAAUAAUUUAAUACGACAUCAUGGGAUCGAUGAUGAGAGAAUGAUAGUAAAAGGGACGAUAAGUAACAUUGUUCACUAAGAUAAGGUGCCUUAGAUCAUGGAUGAAGAAGUAGAUGCAUAUAUAUACCUGAAAGUGAAUGGUACUAAUUAUUGUCUUUUGCUUUUGAUCCAUGCACUUAUUGUGGAAAGUUUGUUAAUUAGUGAAAAUAAUCAAAAGAUCCGUUAUUUUCGAUCUCCAAUGUGUUGUGUUAGAUAUAGUUGUACGUGGGGGUUUCAUCAAGAUCCUGAUCAU